AUGACACCAGCCGAGUCGGAAGAGACUCCCGUCAAGCGGCUUGCCAUCAUUUCGGCGACAUCGACCGUGCUGGUGACGGAUAGCCCGGUUGGACGCGGGUCAAGGACGGACAGAGAGUGCAGUGCACACGAAGCCCUCUCGGCAGUCAUCUUUAUGGGCCAACUGUUCUCGCUCCUACCGGUCGUGGGCUACACCGGAAGUGAUCCGCGCGACGUGACGGUGCGUGUCCGUUCGGUGCGCUUUCUCUACGCCACGGUCACCCUAUCGCUGAUGCUGACACUCGUCGUAAUGCUUGUGAACCACACGACCCACCUGCCGGCGUUCAGCGUGUCCGUAGCGUCGUCGCUGGCCUACUACGCCAUUAUCCUGAUGUUCAUGCUGGAGCUGCUAGUGUUGGCCCGAAACUGGUCCACCAUCAUGACGCGCUGGUACGAGGAUGAGCUGCCGUUCCGGAGCGCCCCAUACCGGCCGCCAGUCGGGGCCCUCUCGCUCCGGCGCAAGGUCCGGCUUAUCGCGUGCGGUGUGAUUCUUUGCGCGUUCCUCGAAGACAUCCUCAACUUCAUCUCGGCGUACCAGCUGAAUGUGCUCCACAUUCGCUACUGUCCGCACCGGAACGGAUUCUGGAAGAACUUCUUCCACCGCGAGCAUCCGUACGUACUGCGGGCCGUCUCCUACAACCCGGCCGUUGGCUGGGCCAUUGAGCUGACGAUGCGCGUUGCCAAAUUUACGUGGCACUUUGUGGACGUGUUUAUCAUCUGCCUCUGCGUGUGUCUUCAGCGCCGGUUCUUGCAGUACAACGAGCGACUCGAGCGGAUGGCCGGACAACCGCAGUCGGUGGGCGUUUGGCGCGAACUGCGACUCCAUUUUGUGCGCCUUACCGAGUUGCUCCGGUUCCUGGAUGGGCGCUUCUCGCGGCUCAUUCUCGUGUCCUGCGCCAACGACAUGUUCUUCAUCACGAUGCAACUUUUCAACAGCUUCGAGUAGGUUUCGGAAGUCGCCCACCAGUCGCCCGUUCGGACCAUAACCGCUUCCUUCUUGUCCCUGUCCCGCGUCCCUAGCUUGAAGCCGACCACCAUGACGUCCAUCUACUUUUGGUACUCGCUCGCCUUUCUGAUGGGCCGCUGCUUCUUGAUGCUGUUCGUGGUAUCGUCGGUUAGCAGUGCCGCCGAUCUGCCACUGGAAACGUUGCGCCGGUUUCCGAGCUCCAACUGGAACCUGGACCUGCGGCGACUCUGCGACUCGGUGGCCACCGCCGAUAAUGCCCUCUCGGGGAUGCGGUUCUUCUCCAUCCGGCGGCCCCUCAUACUGGCGAUGGCCGGCACGAUCAUCACCUACGAGCUGGUGUUACUCGAUCAGUAUUCGCAACAAAUUGACUCAACUUCGAAUUGA